GGGAGGGGCUCGGCGUCAGCGCGUCGCCGGCUGGGCCGCGCCGGUGGCCAGGAGGGAGACGUGGAGGAGGAGGGCAAUGAGUAUUCUACUCAUCGAAGCAUUCUAUGGAGGCUCCCAUAGACAGUUGGCACAGCUGCUCCAGGAAGAGUUAGAAGACUGUGUUCUUUACACGCUUCCUGCAAAGAAAUGGCAUUGGAGAGCACGGACUGCAGCUUUAUACUUUUCUCAGAAUGUUCCCAUUAGUGAGCACUACAGGAUUCUCUUUGCAAGCUCUGUGCUUAACCUGACUGAACUGGUUGCUCUUCGGCCUGACCUUGGGAAACUGAAAAAGAUUUUGUACUUCCACGAAAACCAAUUGGUAUAUCCUGUCAAGAAAUGUCAGGAGAGAGAUUUUCAAUAUGGAUACAACCAAAUUCUUUCGUGCCUAGUGGCUGAUGUGGUAGUAUUCAACUCAGUGUAUAAUAUGGAGUCAUUUCUUACUUCUAUUGGGAAAUUCAUGAAGCAGAUUCCUGAUCACAGACCCACGGAUCUGCAAAGUGUCAUCAGACCCAAGUGCCAAGUCGCUUACUUUCCCAUCAGGUUUCCUGAUGUGGCCAGAUUCAUGCCUGUGCACAAAAUAGCCCACUUAAAGAAGAUGCUCAGCCUUAAUGGAAAUGGCAGUACAGUUCUGUCCAAGGAUCUUCCUUCCCAACCAGAACAGAGAGAUUCUGAGAACUUAUUGGAGAAUUUUAAAUCAGAGUCUGAUGUACCCUCUGCUGUUGAUAUUGCACAAGAAAACCUGGACAACUCAUCAAUGCAGAAACCAGUCUUGAAAAAAUCCAACUUGGAUAAUGCAAGUUCUCAUCAUGGAGAGAAUAACGACAAUGUGACUCAUGAUCCCUUGAACCUUUUGGGUGGAGUUGAUGAUCAGCAGAGACCCUUACACAUUGUCUGGCCACACAGGUGGGAACAUGACAAAGAUCCAGAGAGUUUUUUUAAGAUACUAAUGCAUCUAAAGGAUUUGGGAUUUAAUUUCCAUAUCUCUGUCCUUGGAGAAACCUUUACAGAUGUCCCAGGAAACCUUGUAGGUCUCCCUGUUCAAAAGCUCAUUGUGGAUGAUAGCCACCUGCUGGUACUGGGACAUACAGAUAUAUUUUCAGAGGCCAAAAAGGCAUUGGGAUCUUCGGUCUUACACUGGGGCUUCUUACCCUGUAAAGACGACUACUUCAAAGUCCUAUGCAUGGCUGAUGUUGUCAUCUCAACAGCUAAGCAUGAAUUCUUUGGAGUGGCAAUGUUAGAAGCUGUGUACUGUGGUUGUUACCCACUAUGUCCAAAAGAUUUGGUUUAUCCCGAAAUAUUUCCAGCUGAAUAUCUGUAUUCCACACCUGAACAGCUUUCAAAAAGGCUCCAGAAUUUCUGUAAGAGACCAAAUAUUGUACGAAAACAUCUCUAUAAGGGUGAAGUGGCUCAGUUUUCGUGGGCAGCCCUACACGGGAAAUUCAGGUCUCUGCUUACAACAGAACCUAGUGAAGAUUUGUGACAGAUGGGGCUAAGUCACAAACUUGCAGCCUAAGGCAGAAUCUGAAGAACUUUCCAGAGUGUGCCCAUAUUUACCUGAUCAGAGAGAAAAGAAAAUCUGCAGAGGAAGCUGAGCCUGGCUGCUUGUCAUAGCUGACACAGAGCCAUCUGCCACAAACCUGUGGCGGCUUCAGAUCUCCAAUCCCUGCCACCACCCCAACUCAAAUUAAAUACAGAUUCCUAGAGACGUUAUGAUGGCUACACAUGUCCUCGGCAUCACAUGUAGGAGACUGUUCAAAAAAAAUAUGUGGCCUGUUGUAUAACCGCACUCAUGUAUCCCAUAUGUGGUGCCACAUUGAAUUUCCGGUUGAAUCCGUUUUUAUCCUUUGUACUAGAUGACAUGGUGCCUGAAUUCUUUCUUUUUGCCGACACGAUGGCAGCCAAACUGCAGCUUCAAACGCUUGCACUUGGCUGAGUUUCUACCUGGGCUGCCAGGUUAUCAUCGGAGCCUUCUUGUGUCCUCAAAGGGCCACAGGCCCUGAAAGGAGGCUCAGAAUGCUUCCGGACUAAUUGGGCAGCCAUCUCAGAACGGUUGUGGGCAAAGGACUGCUUUAACACUUUCUUUUUAGCAAAUUAAUGAGUCUCUGGCGCAGGAGUUUUAAGUGAAGGUAUUAAUAAGGGGUCUGGCAGGUAUUCCCAUGAUUCACAAGCGUUACAUUUGCAUUUAAUUAAUGUUAAAGAAAGUUGCAAGAUAAACAGCUGUAAUUCGGACAGACAUGGUAAGUACAGUCAGUGGAGCCCUGUCACCCAGAAAAUGAACACUGAGAUAGAUACCUGUUUGAAUCUUUUCCAGGAAAAUAAUAGAGGAACCAAACUACUCCUAACAAAACUCAUUAAUUUGAUACAACUAUUCUUCAAGAAUAUUCAACUACAAAUGUAAUCUUUUCAAGAUAAAUCACUUAUGAUUCCAAUAGUUAAGCUGCUGGAUUUGAUGGUGGAAAAAAAUGUUUGGAUUUACUAGAUUGUACAAUAAAUUUUUAAUAAAGUGUCCACUACAGUUUGUAAUUA